AUGGCUUCUUCGGCUGAUCUUCCGACGGAAGUCCUUUGGCCUGCCCACAUGGUUGACAAGCUGCCGCUUCAGCAGCUAAGUCAGCUCAGCAGGGUUUGCAGGUCGCUCAAGCAAAUGUGUGACAAGCUGGUGCUGGAAAGAUAUCAAAGAAUCCAGACCGCUUUCGUCGAUAUCGGCGGAGGGGUUCGGGAAGUGCUCAAUGGACUUCCCGAAGAACUGGAGGAUGGGGAGGAUGCCAGAGAACUGUGGGAAAUCAUGACCAAGGUCCGGGAGAAAGCCAAAGAUAUUCUGCGACUCCUGGAAGUCACUCGAGAACACCUGGAAGUCACUCGGUCUCCACGUGGGCUUCAUGGAGAUGUUUCUCAGGUCUUGGCCGGCAUCCUUGACAGGGCACAGCAAGAAGUGGUCAGGGAUACCCGAAGCCUUCAUGUGGAAGCUGCUUGCCGCUUCAUCUGGGCUACCCGGCAAGUGGAGGAGUUGCUACAACCAACCUUGACACCCAGACUUGUCUCAGGUCUGCAUCCUGCCUGCAUUGUGCUACACCCACCGAUGAACCCUUCGGGUGAAGCGGAGUCAGCUUCUUCUGUCACAGGGCAAACUCGGAGUAGGACUCGUACAUCUCAGCCAUCUUUUUUUCCGAGGGACUGUCACAGAUGA